GGGAGAUGGCGGCGCGCCGGGCGCUGGCCGCGCUCCUGGCCCCGCUCCUGGCCGCGCUCCUGACCGCCUCGGCGCAGCAUCCCCAGCGGGAAGUUUCCUUCACAAUCUCACUUGGCAAAGCAGACAACACCACAGUGACAAUCAAACCCAGAGCUGGCAUCUUAGCCAGCUGUCAAAUCCGUGUGAGGAAUGCCACCAGGCCUGAACUCAAGAUAAAGCCAGGGGAGAAUGCCACUUUUACCUUCACCUGUAGAGCUCCAGAGAAGUAUUUCACCAUGAAGAUUCAGAAGAACAUUGACUGCGUGUCAGGCCCAUGUCCCUUUGGAGAGGUUCACCUUUACCCACCCAGGCUGCCUCGCCUGAACAGGACGUUUGUCUGGGACGUGAAGGCAAGCACCAAAGCCGGACUGGAGCUGAAGUUCCCUGCCCCGUGGCUAAGGCAGGUUGAGCCAGGACAGGCGUGCCCAGAUUCUGUUGGCUACAACAUCAACAGCUGCAUAGACACAGCCACGGUCAGCAUCGGCAGCUUCUGCAGGAACGGCUCAGUGUCUGGCAUCAAGCUGCUGGGAGGAGUCGUCCUCUCCCUGCACCUCCCCUGGGACUCCCCUCUCACCACCUCGGGCUUCAACAUCGCCAACAGGGCUUCCAUAAAGCGACUGUGCAUCAUUGAAUCCGUGUUGGAGAGGGAGUCCUCAGUCACGCUGAUGUCCCCCAACUACCCGCUGGGCUUCCCGGAGGAUGAGCUCAUGACAUGGCAGUUCCUGGUUCCCCCCAACAUGAGGGCCAGCGUCUUCUUCCACAACUACAGCCUCUCCAACUGCGAAAGGAAAGAGGAGAGGGUGGAGUACUACAUCCCUGGCUCCCUCAGCAACCCGGAGGUGUUCAAGUUGAGCGACAGCCAACCUGCCAAUAUCGCUGGCAGCUUCAACCUGUCCCUGCAGGGCUGCGAUCAGGACGCUCAGAACCCAGGGGUCCUCCGCUUGCUCUUCCAAGUGGUUGUUCAGCACCCACAGGUCAACGAGAAUGUCACCCAUGUGGUUGACCUGAGCAAGGAGAAGAACAUGAAUGUGACCAUACACUCUGAGGGGUGGCCCAGCCACGUCCCCCCCAUGUCUGAACCUGUGUGCCUCAUCUGUAAGGAUCCUCGCACCUGUGACCGCGUCCUGACCUUGGCCUCUGGCACUGCCUACAGGAUCUCCUUCCUGUGCAAGGACUUGUCCCGCCUGAGGGUCACAGCUGAGAAAGGCAUAAGCUGUGUGGAUCUUCGGUGGUGUCAGAGGAAGAUCCAUUCCCUUUCUGUGCCCAAGGCCAUUACCCAGCUGCCAGUUCAGCUGCACAAAUUUAUCUGGAAGCUCUUGGCUCCCAGUCAGCUCAACAUAGAAAUCACAUCUCCCUCCCUGAAACUUCAGCAGCACGUCCCAGAGCAGAGGUGCAACACGAGCUACAGCUACAGCAUUGUCAGUGCCACCCCCACAACAGAGCUGAUCAUUGGUGUCUUCUGUCCUGGUGGAGCCAUUGAAAAGAUUCAGAUGAGGAACAACAUCACCAUAGCCUUAAAAACCUUUGGUAAAGGCUUCCUCAACGAGUCUAACCGCCAGGAUCUCAAAAUGUCUUUUGUGCCACACAUUAAAGAUGAGUGCACCUUCACCGUGAGCCCAGGCCCCAAGGACAGAGUUCACCUGCAGACCCCCAACUGGCACUACGGCCUGCCCCCGUACAUCUCCCUCUCCUGGUACGUGGUGGUGCCCAGCAAGCAGGUGGCCCGCCUGGGCUUCUCCAAGGAGCGCAUGGGCAUCACCUGCCAGACGGGCCGGGCAUACCUGGCCGUGAAGGAGGAGGCGGCAGGCGCGGAGGAGACGGUGCGGCGAGAGGACGAGCUGCUGCCCCCGCCCAGGGACAUGCACCACGACUUCUGGGUCAACAUCUCCAACUGCAAACCCUCCGAGAAGAUGCAGCUGGACUUGCAGUUCUGGGUGACUGUCAGUGACAAGCAGCUAGACCUAGGAGUGAUAAUCGCUGCGGUGGCUGGGGCUGGAGUUCUCACAGCUAUUGGACUGACCGUGUGCUGUGUGAAGAAGAAGAAGAAGAAGAGCCAGACCCCCAUGGUGGGAGUGUACAAUGCCACCGUCAACACCCAAGUGCCUAGCAGGCAGAAGCUGUUCAGGAAGGGGAAGCAGAACAAGGACUCCCAUGUCUAUGCAGUCAUUGAUGAUGCUAUGGUUUAUGGGCACUUGCUGAAGGAAUCCAAUGGCCUGGUUGCCCCAGAAGUUGACGUGUACAGGCCUUUUGAUGGACCCAUGGGCCCAGUGCCACCCUCUCCACCUCCCUUCUCCUUCAGGAAAGACGUGAAAAACUCUUCUAACGCUGAGGAGCCUCCGCCUCUGGCAGACGCAGACCAUGACACGUACACCUUUGCUCAUCAGAAACCGGGGCAACCGCAGGGCACCGAGGACACAAGCGGAAAGGAUCGUGGAGAAAUGAGCUUGUCCUUGCUGGAGACGAAGGAGCAGGAGGGCUUGGCAGAGUAACUUGACAGCAGGUGUAGCAGCUUCCUGUGGAGAUGGAGAGAAGUGAGGACAGGAGCCUGGGAAAAGGACCCGCAGAGGAGUGUUACUGCUGCAGUGUGCUGCUGCUGCUGCUGCUGCUGCUGCUUUCUGUGUGUAUUCUUUGGUUGUUCUUUAAACUUCAGCUGUUGGUAGCCUUCAGUUUCAGAGUGAGCAUCCGGCCAACUCCAGCCCAGACAAUCCAGGACUGCACACUUCUGGUUGUGAACAGGUAUCCAAGGUACACUCCUGCUUAGGAGAGCUAAUUUCUGCCUGCCAGCUGCAGAAGGUGCCAACCAAUAGAGCAGGAAAGGUUUUGUCUUUUUGUCUAAGUCCUCCUCUCACAAGGCCUUUGGUCCCGAGUGCUGGCUGGCGACUCUUGGGAGGUGCAGGCCACAUUGCUGUCCCAAGGAGGCUCCAGGCUGCACAGACACCUGAGCAAAGGGAGGGGCACUGUCACCUCCACUCCUUGCUGCUGGAGUACUCAACAUAUUUAGGCUGCUGGUGUUGUGGAAGCCUGGUGCAGGACCAUGUGUGCCACCCUGAAGAGCUCUGUGUGUGCCAAUCAGCAUCGGUGCUCGAGCUUGGGCUUUCCCAGGUCACAGGUUGGAGGUUUUCUGUGCUUCCCACCCGAUAUUGUUACACUUGCAUGGCACUGUGUGAGCCUGCACCAGACUCCAUUUUCUUUGCUUUCUUACCAAAACCCAGUGUCAGAAGUCCACUUCAGGUGCCUGUGGCAUUCACACUGUGCUGCUCUCUGGCGCUGUGGGCUCAGGUGAGGGUUCACUGAAGAAAUAAGGCUGUGUCCGUCCAGCUCUCACUGAUGCUUUUCUCUACGCCUGCUGGGGGUGGCUAUUUCACAAGGAUGUAAAAAGGGGGUAGAAACCCCAACAAGCUUCCAGCAGACUGCUUCUCUGGAAUGUGAAGAGAGAGAGUGAAGCCAGAAGGGAAGCCCAGGUCAGCUUUGCUUUGCUUUGUUGUUUUAAGAAGCCUGCUAAAUGACAGUGGGGGCAGCUCCUGCUUUCCAGUGAGCCCUGCACUCCAGGUGCCUUUGAAGGGCACUCUUGGCAUUAGGUGACUGAGCUUGUCUUUAAGUGCCAUAGUUGUCAGGCCCCUCAGAUUCUGUGCCUUCUAAAACUUGCGUGCCAGGUCUUUGUGCAGGGGGCCACAAGUAUGUGACUGAAGUUGCCUUUUCUCUGCAAAGCCCUGGCUUUGGCAGGGGUGCAGCUGCCGAGGGGCUUUGCAAUCUGGAGAGCAGCAGGAGGCCCUGAUGACUUGAGACUUUAUCUCCAAAGGUUUUACCACAACUGUGCCUUGCCUGGUGGUACACAGAGGUGCUAGGAAACUUGUAGAUGAUGUUGCUGUAUUGAUGUUAGAUGGAGAGUAACAUCUGAAAGUCAAAUAUGUGUAGUAGAAACCUCACUGUUUACCUCAGGAAAGGUGGGUUUCUUCUGUGCUGACCCUGCUGGCAUGGCAGGCUGGCUGUGUGUGCAGGGGUGGCUGUAUUUAAUGAGGUAUUCCAUGAGACUGCUUGGCCCACUGCAAGACUAUGGUGACUCUGUAGCACGUACCAAAGCAGCUGGAAGUGCCUUUCCAUGGCCUCAGGUAUUUUCCUGCUUCUGUUAGUCACUCUUCCCACAGACAUGCACAGCCCAGAUCUCUGGCCACGCACUGGGCUCCUGUGUUUCCAAGUGUGCUGGGCUGUUUUAGGGCAGUUUGAGAACUUCAGGAGAUUCCUGCACUGCUGGCAUCUGUUUUUCACAGGUGUCGAGCUGCCACACUGUGUUUUCAGCAGGGUACUCCUGUGGGGCAUUUUCCUCUGUCAGUGCUUCUCACUCUUAGUAAACAGGAAUGAGAAGGCUGGAAGAGAAAUCCUCUGGCUUGGUUUCUGCAGUUGCUUAGAUGAGAUUUUUUUAGUUCAUGUUCUUUGCAGCCAGCUGAAGGGAAGGCAGUGGAGGCUGGGCUGUUGUUGACCACCACCUUUUGAAGGACGUGCUGUUUGAUUUGUGGGUUUAUUUGUUCUGUUCUAACUCAGCUUUUGACCCAGCAACAGAAAGCUGCAGUUCACAGUGGGGUCCAGUGUGAGGCUGCCCAUCACUGUGCUUGUUUUGCUGUUUGGAGCUGAGUGGAGCCCUUCGUGCCAGGUUGCUUUUCAUUAAGAGAGAGUUGUGACUUAAUGUUUUUAAAAAAUAAAUAAACCAGACCCCCCCACCCCA